GCUCCCUCAAUUGAGGCAUCAUUACUUGAGUCACGCCUAAGGUUUUUUUUUUUAAUGGCUUGCAUACGGUUGCUCUAAUUGUAAUGAGAUUUUGCUGUGCGUUUAGACUCUGGUGUACUAUCAGACCCUGAUGUGCAGAUUUAGUCUGUGGAUACCAGAAAGCCCCCACUUAAUGUCCUGUUGGAGAAGGGACUGAUGGAUUUUUAUGAAACGCAUCCUCCAGGGAAGGUGGAUUUGUCCAGCAAACGGCCAGUCUUGGUUCUUCAGAAUGACGCUCUCUACUCCCAGAGGCGACCCUAUACCAGCGAGGAUGAAGCGUGGAAAUCCUUCCUUGAAAACCCUCUUACAGCAGCGACCAAAGCCAUGAUGAGCAUCAAUGGGGAUGAAGACAGUGCUGCUGCCUUGGGCCUUCUGUACGACUACUAUAAGGUUCCCCGGGAAAUGAGAGCAUCAGCAGUGAAAACAGAUGUAGAUCAUUCUGAUCAAGAUCAUGGCAAAAGGAACAGCAUGCCAAACAUGGCGGAACCGUCACACAUUUCUGCUGGGGAGAACCGAGUCCAAGUCUUGAAAAACAUGCCUCUGAAUAUCGUUCUUCCGCACACGUCCCAAAUGGGUGUUGACAAGAGGGGCCACCUGUCGACUCCGGACACCACGGUCACCGUCUCCAUCGCCUCCAUGCCCACGCACUCAAUCAAGACAGAAACUCAGUCGCACAGCUUUUCCGUGGGCAUCCCCCCAGCUGUCUAUCACCCGGAGGCACCUGACCGGGUGGUGGUUUUAGAUAGGAGCCUCAAUGCUGACCAGUUUAGCUCUAGCGCUCAGCCUCAGAAUUCCCAGCGGCGCACUCCGGAUUCCACCUUCUCUGAGUCUUUUAAAGAAGGCGUGCAAGAGGUUUUCUUCCCUACUGAACUGAACCUCCGGAUGGCCAACAUGAAUUCUGAAGACUACGUGUUUGAGAGCAUUGCCGGGAACAAUUUUGAAUACACACUGGAAGCUUCCAAAUCGCUCCGCCAGAAGCCAGGAGAUAAUACAAUGACUUAUCUAAACAAAGGCCAGUUUUAUCCCAUUACACUGAAGGAAAUUAGUGGUGGCGAAGGAAUCCAUCAAACCAUCAGUAAAGUUCGAAGUGUCAUCAUGGUUGUAUUUGCUGAAGACAAAACAAGAGAGGAUCAACUCAGGCACUGGAAGUACUGGCACUCAAGGCAGCACACAGCAAAACAAAGGUGCAUUGACAUAGCUGACUACAAGGAAAGCUUCAACACCAUCAGUAACAUUGAGGAGAUAGCCUACAAUGCCAUCUCCUUCACUUGGGACAUUAACGAUGAAGCUAAGGUCUUCAUUGCUGUAAACUGCCUCAGUACAGACUUCUCUUCUCAGAAAGGUGUCAAAGGACUUCCUCUGAAUCUUCAGAUUGACACCUACAGCUACAACAACAGGAGCAACAAGCCUGUUCACAGAGCUUACUGCCAGAUUAAAGUCUUUUGUGAUAAGGGGGCAGAGAGGAAGAUCAGGGAUGAAGAACGAAAACAAAGCAAAAGAAAAGGCAAGUGCACUGAUCCCAGCUCUCAGCUGAAUGCCUUUCCUGAUGUCAAAGUGCCCAUGCUUCCCUCCCACAAGCGUACAGACAUCACUAUUUUCAAGCCAUUCAUGGACCUUGACACUCAGCCAGUUCUGUUUAUACCUGAUGUUCACUAUUCCAAUAUUCAGCGUGGAGCUCAUGUCUUUCCUCUUGCAUCUGACGAACUGGAGGGUGAAGGCUCUACCAUGAAGAGGGGGCCUUUCAUAAAUGAAGAUGAUUUUGCUGCCAGCCCCAUUAAGCUGCCUCGAAUAGAAGAACCCAAAAAAGUGUUGUUGUAUGUCCGAAAGGAAUCAGAAGAAGUCUUUGAUGCACUUAUGCUCAAGAUUCCAUCUCUGAAAGGUCUAAUGGAAGCUAUAUCUGAUAAAUACGAUGUCCCUUUGGAUAAAAUUGGAAAAGUCUUCAAGAAAUGUAAAAAAGGCAUCUUAGUGAAUAUGGAUGAUAACAUUGUGAAACACUAUUCCAAUGAAGACACCUUCCAGUUACAGAUUGAAGAGGCUGCUGGAUCUUACAAACUCACUCUCACCGAGAUCUAAAACCUACCUUGUGGGUCCUUUAAAUGAAGGUUGUAAAGACAAACCUCUCAUUGCUUUUGUCCUCAGGAUAUUAUAAAUGUAUCUCUAGGGAAGAAGCCAUUUAUUCUUCCAGGGAAGAAUACCUUUUGCAGUUUUUUAAACAAGGUUGUCCACAUAUCGGUCCUUUUGGCUGCAACACUGCACUUGGAAUAGAUGAACAAAAGACACUGAAUUAAAAAGAAAUACUAAAUAGCCAAUCUAACCAAAGCACUAUAAAACGGCCUUUUACUUGACUUUAUCUACACAUCCCCAUACCCAUUAAACGUGUAGGCUUUUUCAUUGAUAAUUCCUUACAGGGUUGUAUUUCCUUCUGCAUAAAGCUUCAGAAUUCCCACUAAUGCUUACAGAAGUUCCAGAAAAGUGUGGAACUGGACUCUACGAUGUUUACGGCCGAACAGGACACAUUGCGAUAAUUUACUUCUACAGCUUCUUAAGGAUGUCAAACUGCCUUGCUUUAUGAAGAACAUCCUUGAAGUUACUGAAUGAUUCCCCACUGAUGAGCUGUAUUUGUAUAUAAGUGCAGUGUAUUUUGAAAGGUUGUAAAUGUGUACAUAUAAAUCAUACAUAUAUAUAUAUAUAUAAUAUAAUGCAGGAAAUAUAUAUGUAUAUAUAUAAGAGUGUGUGUGUGUGUGUGUGUGUGUGUGAAUAUAUAAUAUAAAUUGAAUAAAUGUGGUGAAGUCCACCUGAAAGGGACUAUAUGUAUAUAAAUAUAACAGAACAGCAGUCUCAAUUCAAUUUACUGAACAAAUUGGAUUCAAAUUAUGCUGAGCAUGUUCAGUCUCCUAGAAGGGGAAAUAGCCAAAA